UUCGGGCUUCGACAUCGCCAACAAGAGGACGAGGACGGGAAAACUCUUGCGUUUCGAUGUGGGCUGCUGAGUGCCGAUGGUGAUUGCUGUAUGUACUCUAGUACGACGAGUACCUACCAAGCGCGAGUCGAGCUCGACAGCAUCGGCAUCGGUCGCGACGUGUUCGAAGGCCCGCACCGGUUCGCGAUCGUGGACCAUCUUUCUAUUCUUCGUCGAUCGUCGUGCACAUGCUUCGCGUCGUCGUCGUUUCGGUAUCGAGAUUCGCCCAACUGAUUUGGUCAAUUCGAAUGUGCUGAUUAGUUGCAAUUUACUCGUCGUACCUGUGUUCGGUGGUGAUAGUGAUAGUGACAGUGAUGGUGAUGGUGACAGUGACCCAUAUAGGUAAUCCUAUUACGAAUCAGUACAAUCCUGGAUCUUUUCCAUCGAGUUUUUGCUGAUCAAUUGAUCGAUUGAUGCAAAAACAGAUCAUUAACCUUCGAAGAACUCGCCGAUUUUACCAAGAUUUCUACUGGUACAUCUCGUAUACGAGUAGUUGAAAUUCGAAAUUCACGUACCUAUAUUGGCGAACUGACUCGAGAAUUACGUAAUUUGUCGAUGUCGAAUAUGUCAACUUAUUUCCGUAUACAUCUGCAAUCUCGCCUCAAAUGCCCGGAAGCAUCGUGUUAAUCGUAUCGACAUCUCUACCUGCGUGAUUAGUGAUCUCUAUCAAAACUAUUCGAGUGUUUUUCUCCCGUUCGAGGUUGAUAAAUUGACAAUUUUUAUUCGUCGUGGGCGUUUCGCUGUGGCUGAUCGCAGAACCGGUUCGAAUAUUCGAAAAUUCGAAAUUGCUAUCCCGGUUCCCGUUUAAGGUAGUUGAGUUAGUGGUAGCCGCAGCCGCAGCCGUUGCGAGGUGAUUUGCUUUAUUGCGAGUUUAGAUGCGCGAAAGAUUUGAAGUUUGCAAGUUCAAUGACGAGCCUGAGGCUGCAACGAACGUACGUUUUUAUUAUUUACAACGUGACAGUUCACGGCGAUUGUUUUCGCUAUAUUCCAGAACGCUUCUGGCGCGGAAUUUUGAAAGCAUUUAUCGCCAGUGCCAGUGCAAUAUUUUAGUGCAGAUUUUCGUACAAAGUUAUCAAUGAACCAGGUGUGCAUUGGGAAAGUUUUCGUUUUCGAUGUAGGUGAACGAGAAAGUACGUAGUACGUCUUCGAGUUAAUCAUUUUUUCGAUUACAAUUUUCGAGCGUUGUUAUCCCACUUUUGAAGGAAUUUUUAACCAGAGCUGUUCGUUGAACUUUCAAAUUCGAUUUCAAAAGCAGCGAGUUAACGCAGGUUCUUGUUUUUUUUUUUUUUUUUGGAAAAUUUCUGAGAAAAAUCCUGUGCUCUGGUCGGCUUAAAAGGGCGUGAAGAUAACUCCAAAAAAGGACAAACGACGUGUAAUGACUCUCGCCUCAUCAACUCGAUUCGGACGAUAGUUUUACUCGUAUUGCUUUCAUUUUUAAACUCGACACAAGUUUGAUUAACGAUUGCUAAUAGUUCCGUUGGUUCGUCAUAAACUCAUAAUAUAGUGAAAGAUUCGAUGAUCGAGAACCAAGUCUGAAUCUGGCUGCAAAUUUACGAGUAGUUUCCAAGCAGCACUAUAUAAAGGGAGGGGUCGAUUGCUGAAAUUUAACAUUUGUUUAUAUAAGAAUAUAAUAUCGUUUGAUUGAUGAAUAAAUAGAGCAGAAAAGAUGAGAAGAAGUGAUUGUCGAGAGAUGAUAGAUGACCGGCGUGGCGUGCGUAUGUGGUUUUGAUUUUUGUGUAUUCUUCUAGUUCUUGGUGACCUGUAGCAUUGAUUAGUUGAUUAUACGUCGAGUAUACUAUAACAGAUGAAGAAAUUUCUACGAUGACGAUCUGGUGGCUACAGCUACAGCUACAGCGAACGUCAGCAGCGUCAUUUGGUGGUAUCGUUCGCGUUUCUCGCGACUAGUGCGAUAUUUACGAGACGAAAAAUUUAUGUUGGACAGCGAUCAAGCUCUAACGAAAGAGCUCGUUUAAUUGACGUAAACGAUAUAUGUAUACGUACGUGUAUGCGGUAUAUUUUAAGUAUAAGGAGCAUAUUUACAUUCGCGGUUGAUAUUACGACGACGACGACGACGUCGACGUCCGUCACUUCGUCGCCCUCGUGCUGCUGACAAACGACGAAUUAGAAAGAAAAUAAUAAUAAGAAGAAGGCGAACUGCAUCCGUACGUAUCGUACGCAGAUACUACACAAUGUGUACCGCGAGAUCGACCAUUUAAUAACGUGAAAAUGGUUUUGAAAAUUGAACGUCAACCCAAGUAUAAAUCUUUGCUAUUUUUGAACGAUUACAUACAGCAUCCUCUGUUGUACGAGCUCAGCCAUAAGUAUCGUCAGCAGUUGAACGAAUAUGUACCCGAGGCGGCUAUAACCUUCAAGCUGGAAGAGCUCAAAGAGCACAUACGUAAAGAAAUGCGAAAAGAAUUAAAAAUCAAAGAAGGAGCUGAAAAACUACGAGAUGUGUCGAAGGAUAAGAAAACCUUGUCCGAUGUCGCCUCCAUUGUGAAAAAAUCCAAUUUGAAACUGAACGAAAUGCAAGCCGAUUUACAAGAAUUAGAGUCGCAGAUUAUCCUUACCCAAGGACAAAGCACGCAGCCGUUGACUCCUAAUUGUAAUAAUUCGCACGGUGAUUUAACAUACGCUGUUACGCCGACCAUGACCAGGUAUAAUUCAACAGUUGGUGAUAAGAAUUCGUCGCAUGAUACUCCUCCGGUGCAUCAGUCUAAUUUCACCACUGAUUUCAAGAUAUUGUCGUUGGAGAAGCAACUGAAUAUCGAAUUAAAAGUAAAACAGGGAGCUGAAAAUAUGAUUCAAAGUUUAACCAGUAGUCAUUCUCGUGAUAAAAAGAUACUUGCUGCCGAAGCUCAACAAAUGUUAGCCGAUUCGAAAGCUAAAAUAGAAUUUUUAAGAAUGCGUAUCAUGAAAGCUAAGCAAAAUAAAGAACAAAUGGCCUCGGCCAAUGGUGAUAUACCCAAUAACAAUAAUGGUAAUAAAGAUAAGUUUGAAAAAAAUCUAGAGCCAGUUUUAGAAGACAGAAUAGAAGAAUUAAGGCAUCGAUUAAGAAUAGAAUUAGCAGUCUACGAAGGUGCUAAAAAUGUCAUCAGAUCGUUUCAAAAUGCUAAAUCUGCUGAUAAAAAGACGCUUCAAGAAGCUCAAGCAAGUUUAUCCGAAUCUAGCCGCAAGUUGGAUCUCAUCAAAAAAUCACUAGAACUUCGCCGGCAAGAAUUACCAUCAAAUUCCAUCACAGCUGCCGAACUCAAAGAAGAGCUGCAGAUAGUCCAAUCGGCUAGUCCGGUCCCGGUAGCUUAUACGAGUUUGCAGCCUUUCAGACCAUCCAAUAAUGGCAGACUCUGCGCUAAUUCUUCAGUGUCUAGAUGUGCUACAGUUACUGGAAAAUUAGAAGUUAGGUUAAUGGGAUGUCAAGACUUAUUAGAAGAGGUUCCUGGAAGAUCGAGAAAAGAAAAAGAAAUCAUGUCGACUCCUAACGAUCUCAAAUCCUUCGUGAAAGGUGUUACUGGUAGAAGUUCGUGUAAAUCUUACAGCGUCAAAGAUGAAAUCAGUAAUGAAAUUAUGGCUGUUUUAAAAUUGGACAAUCAGACUGUUGCGCAGACUAGUUGGAAACCAUGUUCUCAACAAGCCUGGGAUCAAAGAUUCUCCAUAGAUCUUGACAAAUCGCGCGAACUGGAGAUAAACGUAUACUGGAAAGACUGGCGAUCACUUUGCGCUUUAAAGUAUUUAAAAUUAGAAGAAUUUAUCGACGAUAUUCGACACGGAAUGGCAUUACAACUGGAACCCCAAGGAUUGCUCUUCGCCGAAAUAAAGUUCCUUAACCCGAUGAUCACUCGAAAACCGAGACUUCGUCGGCAAAAGAAAAUCCUCAAGCAACAGAUCAAGAAUUUCCCACGCGCCAAUCAGAUGAAUAUCAAUAUCGCCACUUGGGGCAGAUUAUUGAAACGAUCGUCGGUUCCGCAACCGGUUCAAAACAAUAGCAGAACGUAUUCGCGAUCCGAGAGCCCUUCGUCGGACGUUGUACCCGAAGAAUUGGACGAUAAACCAGAAACUCCGGGUGAAACUCCGGAUCCUCACGUGACCGGUUUGACCGGUAGUCGUCCCUUGGGCUUGGGUAUAGCCGUAUUACCACCGUUGCCGCCGGAUGCUCAUUUAAAUAACCAGUUCCUACCGUCCAGUAUAGCGAAUAAGAAAAAGACACCUUCGUUGCGAAUGCAACCACCACCUACCACUUUACCAACGCAAAUUGAUCCAGAACUUCAAAGAGCGUUACAAGAGUUUGACUUCUUGCAGGAUGCCGAGCCAGAUUGGUAUCAGCCUGUAGAAAUAACGGAUAGCACUGCCACUACUCCCUUAUCAACACCCCAACCUUCCCCCUUAGUUGAAUUUCCCCAGGAUGAGCCGCCGAUAUUCGAUACCGCUUCGAUAAUGGAAUCGUUGGAUCAACGCGAUGGUCAUAAAAAGAUCACUCAGUCGACUGGUAUGUCGAUGAACGAUUUCCACUUGCUGAGUGUACUCGGAAGAGGGCAUUUUGGAAAGGUAAUUUUGUGCAAGUACAAACAUACCGGAGAAUAUUUCGCCAUUAAGGCGUUAAAAAAAGGUGAUAUUAUCGCUCGAGAUGAAGUCGAAUCUUUGUUAUCGGAGAAGAGAAUAUUUCAAGUUGCGAACGCCAUGAGGCAUCCGUUUUUAGUCAAUUUAUUCGCUUGUUUCCAAACCGAGGCUCAUGUUUGUUUCGUGAUGGAAUACGCGGCCGGUGGUGAUUUAAUGAUGCACAUUCACGCCGAUGUGUUUUCCGAACCGAGAGCUGUGUUUUAUGCAUCCUGCGUUGUUUCUGGACUUCAGUAUCUGCACGAGAAUAAUAUUAUAUACAGAGAUUUGAAGUUGGAUAAUUUAUUACUGGAUACCGAAGGAUAUGUAAAAAUAGCAGAUUUUGGAUUGUGUAAAGAAGGCAUGGGCUUCGGUGACCGAACCGGAACGUUUUGCGGUACUCCUGAAUUUUUGGCGCCGGAAGUGCUCACCGAGACGUCUUAUACGAGAGCGGUUGAUUGGUGGGGCUUGGGUGUGUUGAUAUUCGAAAUGUUGGUUGGUGAGUCACCAUUCCCUGGCGAUGACGAAGAAGAAGUGUUCGAUUCGAUAGUGAACGAUGAAGUCCGAUAUCCUAGAUACUUGUCUUUGGAAUCCAUCGCCAUCAUGAGAAGGUUGUUACGUAAGAAUCCAGAACGUCGAUUAGGAUCGAGUGAAAAAGACGCCGAAGAUGUGAAGAAGCAAGCCUUCUUUAGGAAUAUCGUUUGGGAGGAUUUGUUGAUGCGAAAAAUUCGUCCACCUUUUGUACCGACUGUGAGUUCGGUCGAAGACGUACGUAAUUUCGAUGAAGAAUUUACCUCGGAAAAGCCUCAACUUACGCCGCCAAAAGAUCCAAGAAUACUGACAGACGACGAACAAUUGUACUUUAAAGAUUUCUCCUAUACGGCCGACUGGUGUUAAAGUUUUCGAAAUGGAAGGCGAAAAUAGAAUGUUUGAAAGUACUUGUCGAAUAGCUUGUUAAGAAUUCUAUCUGGUUUUGGCAACAGUUACCGUUUGCGUAGAAAAGGAAAAAAAGGAAAGAGGUGUAUUUUCGAAAUGCGAGUGAAGUGGUACUUUGGUAGUGUAUUUUGCCUACUCGUAAAUGUAAACGAUGCCCCGUCUGUUGUGUUUCAAGUGAAUGGAAUGAGCGAGUGUGCCUUGAUUAAUGAAAAAUAUUAAUAUUGUGAUUAUUAUGCACCAGAAUGUAAACAGAUACUGCUUUGAUUGUUAAAAUUUUUUCUCGUUUGUUUUUUUAUAAUAAUGUGUUUAUUGUAAGUCAAUUUUUUUUCAUAUUAAUUAUCGCUGUGAUAUACGUAUUACUUUAUUUCUUCUUUUUUUUUUCUUUUCGUUUUUAACGUAUUUGAUUUAUACAUUCACGAUGUAGUUAAUCGUCGCCUUUUUGUAGUCAGAGAAUGAUGUUCUGUUAAAAUUUCCCUGACGAGAUGCGAAAAUUUUCAUCAGUUUUCUCUUCUUUUUCUUUUAGCGCAAGUCUGAUUUUUAUAUUUAUUAAUUUUUUUUCCUCUUACGAGACGAAUAUGUAAUUUCGGGUUGUAUUACGUGAAAUGCCUUUUGCCUUAAGGACGGACGAUUUUUAUUUAUUUUUUCUAUUUUCUAAUUACGUAUAGUCCAUAAAAAGGUAGUUUUUACGCUCAUUUUUACAUUACGUACUAAGCAUUUGCCAAGUUGGACCGAAGCCGUCCUUACGAACAAAAUAGACGACUCGUUGUUAACUGAAAUCCAUCGGCGAACACGAAUCUACUCAAUUUUUUUUUAUACAAUAUUUACGCUAGUGUUUUUGUCUUUAUUUAUUUCUGCGAGGUGCAAUUUUCUUUUAUAAAUUUUGGGACAGCCGGGCCGCUGUUAUUACACCAAAGAGUUAAGUAGGCUGUUUUUUUUUUUAAAUUUAUGGCUCUUGAAAUCUACUAGAUAGAAAAAAAUACCGCUUUACAGCCGUACGAGUAAUUUUUUGUUCAGAGUGCAUUUAACAAUACCCUUUUUUU